AGUGGCGUGAGGCAAGCACCGGAUGUGGGGCGGGGUCUGCUGCGAGGGAGCUUUCUAAGCCGAGGAACUGGCUGGCGCUUGCAAUGGAGUCGGUUGGUGUAGAGAGUGCCCCAGCUCUAGAGAACGAGCACUUCCAAGAGACCCCAGAGUCGAGCAAUAGUGUGUAUACCUCCUUCAUGAAGUCUCACCGCUGCUACGACCUGAUUCCCACAAGCUCCAAGUUGGUGGUUUUUGAUACUUCCCUGCAGGUAAAGAAAGCCUUCUUUGCCCUGGUGACGAACGGUGUUCGCGCCGCCCCCUUGUGGGACAGUAAGAAGCAGAGUUUUGUGGGCAUGCUGACCAUCACUGACUUCAUCAACAUCCUGCACCGGUACUAUAAGUCGGCCCUGGUGCAGAUCUAUGAGCUGGAAGAGCACAAGAUAGAGACUUGGAGAGAGGUGUACCUACAGGACUCCUUUAAGCCACUCGUCUGCAUUUCUCCAAAUGCCAGCUUGUUUGAUGCUGUCUCUUCACUAAUUCGAAACAAGAUCCACAGGCUUCCAGUGAUUGACCCAGGCUCAGGCAACACCUUGUACAUCCUCACCCACAAGCGCAUCCUCAAGUUCCUCAAGCUGUUCAUCACCGAGUUCCCCAAGCCAGAAUUCAUGUCUAAGUCUCUGGAAGAGCUACAAAUUGGCACCUACGCCAACAUUGCUAUGGUCCGCACUACCACGCCUGUCUAUGUGGCUCUGGGCAUCUUUGUACAGCACCGGGUCUCUGCCUUGCCUGUGGUGGAUGAGAAAGGGCGUGUGGUAGACAUCUACUCCAAGUUUGAUGUGAUCAAUUUGGCAGCGGAAAAGACCUACAACAACCUAGAUGUGUCUGUGACAAAAGCUCUACAGCACCGGUCUCACUACUUCGAGGGUGUCCUCAAAUGCUACCUGCAUGAGACUCUGGAGACCAUCAUCAAUCGGCUGGUGGAAGCCGAGGUAGGAAGCCCAGGCACAAAGCAGCCGGUGGGCGUGGCCCGAGAGCUGAUGCUGGCACUAACUAAGGUUACUUGCUUUUGCUCUGUGCCAGGUUCACCGUCUGGUAGUGGUGGAUGAGAACGAUGUUGUCAAGGGCAUUGUGUCGCUGUCUGACAUCCUGCAGGCUCUGGUGCUCACCGGCGGAGACAAGAAGCCCUGAGCAUGGGAGGGACAGGCAGUGCCUGGAAAGAUGGCCGCCUUCAUCGCUCGCUGCCUGCUGGAAGCUCUGGGAAUCAGAUGGAAUCCUGGGAGAACUGAGUAUGUUCCCUCGGAAGCUCUGCGCCCACAAUCUGGAACUAGAGACGGAGGAGAAAGGACUUUUAGCUCCCCUCACCACCAUGUGUACACUUGAGAAAACUUUGAGCUUAGCCAAUCCCAGCCCCUUAGACAUAGCCCCCUUCCGGGUGCUCCCCAGGCAAAUUCUGAUCUCUAAGAGAUCUCUAGACCUCACUGUGCCCCACCCCUGUCUCUGCCCUUACUCCAUCUGAGGUAAUAGCUCCACAAAAGUCUUUAUAAAAUAUUUUUACUCUUGCUCUUCCUUCUGUGUGGAGGAGGCUGAGUCCAUUUCAUGUCACUCCUUCCCAUGGGUCGUGUGGGGAGGUGCAUGUCUGGGUCCCUGUGCUGUGUGCAUAUGAAGGCAGAUGGCUGUGGAGGAGGCCAGUGGGUAGGCAGCCAACAUUAAUGUUUUUUUUUUGUGGCAGAUCUAAUUAAAUGGCAAGGUUUUCAUCGUGCUAUUGCAGGGUUUGAU